AUGGGUUUGAAUCCAGAACUUGGCCUCUUGCUGGGCUAUGAGCGGGUGGCUUGGCUGGAAAAAGCUAACCGUUAUGUCCAAGUGUCGCAGCAAAAGCACAGGACAAAUCCAGAGCCCUUUUUUCAAGCUGGACACUUUUCUGCUGGGGUUUGUGAAUCCCAGGCCCAGAGCCGCAUUACUACGUGGCUGCUGCAGUUUGAAUCCCUGCGUCGCCAUCUGCUGCAGGAUGGGAGUUCGUGCUUCUAUAAUCAUGGGAAAAGAAAGCAAGAAAGACCGAAAGUGAACGUCUCUCCUUAUGUCCACUUUAUGAUGGACUUCAGAAAUCAAAUGAGGGAGCAACAGCCAAACACGAGUAUGACUUUCGAAUUUUCUAGAAAGUGUUCUGAAAAGUGGAGGACCAUCUCGAAGAAGGAAAAGAAGAAGUAUGAAGCCCUAGCCAAGCGCGACAAAGAUCGGUACCAACAUGAAAUGAGAAACUACACCGGACCGAGAAGGGAGAGAAGAAGGAGGGAUGCAGAUGCACCGCGGAAGCCCCCAUCCUCGUUCCUGCUCUUCUCCAUGGAACACUUUGACCAGAUAAAAGAACAACACCCAAACUGGACUGUGGGGCAGUUGGCCAAGGCUGCAGGGAGGAUGUGGGCCAGGUGUUCGGAAGAGGAUAAAAUCCCCUACGAGGAGAGGGCUGCCGUUCUGAGGGCCAAGUACCUUGAAGAACGGGAGGCCUACUACCACCAAUGCCAGCACAGGAACUAA